UCGCUAUGGGACGGGCCCAGAGGGCUGCACCACGUGCCUGGCUCAGCCUACCCCAUGGGAUGAGGGUCUUCUACCCCCACGCAUACUGCAGCCGGGUCUGGAGCGAGGCGGCUGCACACAGGCUGACCACGCUGGGCCACAGGGCCAGGCAGGGAGAUCUGGUCUGGAAGCAGAGGAGAGAGGAGGGGAUAGAGGCGGGAGAAACCAGCUUACCUCAGAUUCAUGUUGUUACUGCUGCAGAGGAGGAGGAGGAAGUCUACUCACUAGGACAGGUGGUUCUUCCCAUGCUUGGCAACACUGUGAAGUACCCAGAGAACCCUAUAGGGGGCUGGUACCAGGAGAGACUGGCGAGGGAUGGACUACAGAGUUGUCGUUUCAGAGUCACUCCUCUCAAACUGAACCUCCCUGGCUGCUACCGCCCCUUACUGGCCAUCCCACAUAGCCUGACCUACAGGCUGGAGCAGGGCCAGAGAGCUGGGGAGAGGCAACAGGAGUGGAAUGGAAAGUCACAGGCUAGUGGAGCGGUAGCACAGUACCCUGACACAGACACAACUAGACCUGGAGGUCUGGAGAGGCAGAGAGGAGGGGAGUCAACGAUGCAGUACCCUGACACAGACACAACUAGACCUGGAGGUCUGGAGAGGCAGAGAGGAGGGGAGUCAACGGUGCAGUACCCUGACACAGACACAACUAGACCUGGAGGUCAGGAGAGGCAGAGAGGAGGGAGUCAACGGUGCAGUACCCUGACACAGACACAACUAGACCUGGAGGUCUGGAGAGGCAGAGAGGAGGGGAGUCAACGGUGCAGUACCCUGACACAGACACAACUAGACCUGGAGGUCUGGAGAGGCAGAGAGGAGGGGAGUCAACGGUGCAGUACCCUGACACAGACACAACUAGACCUGGAGGUCUGGAGAGGCAGAGAGGAGGGGAGUCAACGGUGCAGUACCCUGACACAGACACAACUAGACCUGGAGGUCUGGAGAGGCAGAGAGGAGGGAGUCAACGAUGCAGUACCCUGACACAGACACAACUAGACCUGGAGGUCUGGAGAGGCAGAGAGGAGGGGAGUCAACGGUGCAGUACCCUGACACAGACACAACUAGACCUGGAGGUCUGGAGAGGCAGAGAGGAGGGGAGUCAACGGUGCAGUACCCUGACACAGACACAACUAGACCUGGAGGUCUGGAGAGGCAGAGAGGAGGGGAGAACGUGCAGGGUAAUGGAGAGGGGGAGUCAACGGUGCAGUACCCUGACACAGUCACAACUAGACCUGGAGGUCUGGAGAGGCAGAGAGGAGGGGAGUCAACGGUGAAGUACCCUGACACAGAC